CCGGGCCCGCUCCCCCGGCCAGCAGCGGGCAUGGAGGCGGCGCACAGCGUGCCGGUGCUCGACGUCCUGCGCCGCUUCGGCGUGGCCGAGAGCUGCGGGCUGAGCGCCGAGCAGGUCCGCCGCAGCCGGGACAAGUACGGCCUCAACGAGCUCCCCGCAGAGGAAGGAAAGUCCCUGUGGGAGCUGGUGCUGGAGCAGUUUAAAGAACUCCUCGUCCGCAUCCUUCUGGUGGCAGCUUUCCUCUCAUUUUUCCUGGCAUGGUUCGAGGAAGGCGAGGAGACCACGACAGCAUUCGUGGAGCCCGUCGUCAUCAUCAUGAUCCUGAUGGCCAACGCCAUGGUGGGCGUCUGGCAGGAGAGGAACGCCGAGAGCGCCAUCGAAGCCUUGAAGGAAUACGAGCCGGAGAUGGGAAAGGUGAUCCGUGCCGACAGGAGCGGCGUGCAGAGGAUCCGCGCCCGCGAUAUCGUUCCUGGGGACAUUGUGGAGGUGGCAGUUGGUGACAAGGUGCCAGCCGACAUCCGGAUCAUUGAAAUCAGGUCCACGACGCUGCGGGUCGACCAGUCCAUCCUCACAGGGGAGUCCGUGUCGGUGAUUAAACAUACUGACCCCAUCCCUGACCCUCGAGCCGUCAACCAGGACAAGAAGAACAUGCUCUUCUCCGGUACCAACAUCGCAGCAGGGAAGGCUGUUGGCAUUGUCAUUGCUACCGGAGUCUACACUGAGAUUGGGAAGAUCAGAAACCAGAUGAUUGAAACGGAGCCCGAGAAGACCCCCUUGCAGCAGAAGCUGGAUGAGUUCAGCCAGCAGCUCUCCAAGGUCAUUUUCCUGGUCUGCAUAGCUGUGUGGGUCAUCAACAUCAGCCACUUCAGCGACCCCGUCCACGGCGGCUCCUGGUUUCGGGGCGCCAUCUAUUACUUUAAGAUUUCGGUGGCCCUGGCAGUGGCUGCCAUUCCGGAGGGCCUCCCCGCGGUCAUCACCACGUGCCUGGCACUGGGCACGCGCCGCAUGGCCAAGAAAAACGCCAUCGUGAGGAGCCUGCCCUCCGUGGAAACCCUGGGCUGCACCUCCGUCAUCUGCUCCGACAAGACAGGCACCCUCACCACCAACCAGAUGUCCGUGUGCCGGAUGUUCAUCAUGGAGAAAGUGAAGGGCUCCGAGUGCAGCUUGCACGAGUUCAGCAUCACGGGCUCCACCUAUGCUCCCGAGGGAGAGAUCCUCAAGGACGAGAAGCGCGUGGAGUGCGGGCAGUAUGACGGGCUGGUGGAGCUGGCCACCAUCUGCGCCCUCUGCAACGACUCCUCGCUGGAUUACAACGAGACAAAAAAAGUCUACGAGAAGGUGGGAGAAGCCACAGAGACGGCCCUGACAUGCCUGGUGGAGAAGAUGAAUGUCUUCAACACGGACACCAGCAAGCUGUCCAAGGUGGAGCGAGCCAAUGCCUGCAACAGGGUGAUCAAGCAGCUGAUGAAGAAGGAGUGCACCCUGGAGUUCUCCCGCGACCGCAAGUCCAUGUCCGUGUACUGCACCCCCAUCGGCACCAGCCACAACUCCGCCGGCCCCAAGAUGUUCGUCAAGGGUGCCCCGGAAAGUGUGAUCGAGCGCUGCAGCUACGUGCGCGUGGGCACGGCCAGGGUCCCGCUGGCCGCCUCCGUCCGGGAGAAGAUCAUGUCCCGAGUCCGCGACUGGGGCAUGGGCAUGGACACGCUGCGCUGCCUGGCCCUGGCCACCAAUGACAACCCUGUCCAGAAGGAAUCCAUGGAGCUGGAUGACUCCACCAAGUUCGUCUGCUACGAGGACAGCCUGACCUUCGUGGGCUGCGUGGGGAUGCUGGAUCCCCCCCGCAAGGAGGUGACCUCAUCCAUCGAGAUGUGUCGCAAAGCCGGCAUCCGCGUCAUCAUGAUCACGGGGGACAACAAGGGCACGGCUGUGGCCAUCUGCCGGAGGAUCGGCAUCUUCUCGGAGAACGAGGACGUGACGGACAAGGCCUACACGGGCCGGGAGUUCGAUGACCUGUCCCCGGAGGCCCAGCGGCAGGCCUGCCGCACGGCCCGCUGCUUCGCCCGCGUCGAGCCCGCGCACAAGUCCAAGAUCGUCGAGUACCUCCAGUCCUUCAGCGAGAUCACAGCGAUGACCGGCGACGGCGUGAAUGACGCGCCUGCCCUCAAGAGGGCCGAGAUCGGCAUUGCGAUGGGCUCCGGCACCGCCGUGGCCAAGUCAGCGGCCGAGAUGGUGCUCUCCGAUGACAACUUCUCCACCAUCGUGUCUGCUGUUGAGGAGGGCAGAGCCAUUUACAACAACAUGAAGCAGUUCAUCCGCUAUCUCAUCUCCUCAAACGUUGGAGAGGUGGUUUGUAUCUUCCUGACAGCGAUCCUGGGCUUGCCCGAGGCCCUCAUCCCAGUGCAGCUGCUGUGGGUCAACCUGGUGACGGAUGGGCUGCCGGCCACCGCGCUGGGCUUCAACCCUCCUGACCUCGACAUCAUGGACAAGCUGCCCCGCAACCCCAAGGAGCCUCUCAUCAGCGGCUGGCUCUUCUUCCGCUAUCUGGCCAUCGGAGUGUAUGUUGGCCUGGCGACGGUGGGGGCAGCAACCUGGUGGUUCUUGUAUGAUGCUGAAGGACCACAAGUCUCCUUUUAUCAACUGAGGAACUUCAUGAGGUGCACAGAGGACAACCCAAUCUUUGAAGGAGUUGACUGUGAAAUCUUCGAGUCUCGAUACCCAACCACUAUGGCUCUGUCUGUGCUGGUGACAAUCGAAAUGUGCAACGCUCUGAACAGCGUGUCUGAGAACCAGUCGCUGCUACGGAUGCCCCCGUGGCUCAACAUCUGGCUGCUGGGGGCAAUUGUCAUGUCCAUGGCCCUGCACUUCCUCAUCCUCUACGUCAAGCCCAUGCCUCUCAUCUUCCAAGUAACCCCCCUGAGCUGGCCACAGUGGGUGGUUGUACUGAAAAUUUCCCUGCCUGUUAUCCUGCUCGAUGAAGGACUCAAGUACCUUUCCCGCAACCACUUGGACGGAAUUCUGAGGACAGUAGGAAACACGUGGAGUGGGGAGCACCGUUUGAAAACCUGCAGGACUCCAGAGCAAACAGGGAGAAGAGGACAAGAAAUGAAUGACACAAAGGAAACUCUCCUAAAUAAAGGAAGCCUAACUUGUAACUCGGACUGAAGCCUUGCAUGUUGACCAUCACUAGAAGCCAGCAGGACAUGCAUGUGUCCGACUAUCCGACAAAUGCGGGUGAAUUGUCGAAAAGAGAAAUACUUAUUUUGUUUUGUUUCGUAGCUUUCUUCUUCCUGUACAUAACAGUGCAAUUACUGGACAGCUGAAGUAUGGUUUGGGAAUGGACCUAUAUGUAACUGAAUCAUUAUAACCCCUUUUUAAAAUUUUCACCCUGACAGAUGAGCUGAGACAAGACGUCCUUCACAGGUGAUCAACAGGGGAGCCUGGUUUUUAAAGCAAGACUGUGAAAAGUGGAUGGGAGGAUGCUCUCCUGAGCUGGGCAAGAUGACACCAGGACAGCUCUCAGCUAGGAAGGGCUAGGAUCCAUGCCAGGGAGGAAACAAGGAGGGACACGUGGCAGGAGCAGAUCGCGGCCUCUGAGCUGCGCUGGUGUCCGCAGGGGCAUCGCGUGCAGGUGCAGUGCUAGGGUAGCUGUGUUGCCUGGGCGCUUCGGCAGCACCUCUGUAGGUGGUAUCAAGGCUUAGUGCCCAAAUUCUGGGCAUCUCCCAGUGUGGUAGAUCUUGUGGGUGUGUAUUUAUAGGUAGCGAUUGCGUGUGCAUACAUGUGUGUGAUGGCUGCUGAAAAUCUCCCUGUUUAUCAUGUUUUUCUUCCUCCUUCUUGGGGAAAACCUUGCACCUUCUGAGGCUCCCUAGAUACCAAGCGUGACUUAGUCUUUUCUCCUCCACAGACCAUCUUAUUAGAUCUCCUGCACUAUUUAAGCUGUAGCCAUUUUCUUUGUAAAGCCAACCAUUUAAACACAACCUGGGAAUGAACAACUUUGGAUUCCUCACACCUACUGCUUGUUUCUAGUCACGCUCCCUUUACUAAGUUGAGUUUUUCAAUAUUUCCCUGGCAGGAGUUAUGGACAGAGCUUAAGCCUUUGGUCUUUGGUCUAGCAUCUGUCCAUUAGUUUGUGUUCUCUGGGAGGACAACACUGUCUUGCACAAGACAUCCUUGACAUCAGCGGUUUGCUGUCAGGAUGGGAAUGAAUGUAUGCUUGUAUGUAAUACACUCCUCUGUCUUUCAUGGAAUUCCUUUUUACGAGACACCAGCUGUAUUUCAAAUUCUUGGGAUGUUUCUGCAGCAGAAAUGAGGCAGUCUGCAAGUGUGUGUGUGUGGAUGUGUGUGGAUCAGGAAUGGAUUUGGGGAUCCGGUAUGUUGACCUUUCUCCCUCGGGUAGCAUCAGCUGAGAAUAUGUUUCUAAGUGAUUUCUUUCCCAGCUCUUCAAAUGCUCCCUCCUCUUUUCCUCCCUUUUCCCCAUGAUCCCAUCCCAGUAAUACUCAGCUAGCUGGACAUCAUGCCUUUCCUUUCUUAUAAAUUCCAGCCUGGAGUACCCAAUGGCACUAAGCCAGGCUGUUUGGGUAGCAUUUUGAUCCUUUCCUAUUUGUUUUUUUAUUUCACUUUUGCCUCAUAAAAACUCCUAGUGCUAAUCUUCUGUAUAGUAUGUGCCAAAAAUCAUCCUUCCUUUCUUUUCUCCAUCACCAGCAUUGAAAAAGAUGAGUAGAGCCCCCAGACCAAUGGGAAUGUACAGAAUUGUUAUACUACUGAGCUGAUUUAAUGUACAGAAAACCUUGCAUGGAAUGUUGUAACUGUAUUUAAUAUAUAAUGUAUUCAAGGAAUUUUAAUAUGGAGCUCUUUAAAAGAAAAAAGUCUUUAUAGAUAUUCUGUGGUUACAGGAAGGUUGUUGCUGAUCUUUUUUUUAAAUAUUAUACUUUGUCUUGAAGAAGUUUUAUUUUUCAAACAGUUUUAUGUCUGAUUGAUUUAAUUGGUGAUCUGAUGGAAUGGUUAUUUCCUCUUUAAAGGCUGUUUUCACCAUGGAUGAAACUUGCCCUGGAGCAGAAGACCAGGGCAUGACCCAGGUACUGCUUCAGCCUUCAACAUAAGGCUUCAGUGAGUCCCGUACCAAAAGUAUAUGUGGUUGCCCUUCCCCCAAAGGGUGGAUUUUGCCUUUUUUUUUUAGUACAGAUCGUCUCCAGCUCUCUGUGCAGGAAAAUAACUAGUAGGAAUUUAAUCCAGGGCUGAAUCCAACCUCCCUCAGCUGGAUUCAGUAUCAACCCAGUGAUUUCAGAACAGUUUGCUUCAAUGUGUCCUGGAGGCUGAAAAUCCAGGAACCACCGAUGGUGGCUGGACCUGCUUCAGGGAAUCCCAGCACCGUUCCAUGUUGCUCCGUGCCGUGGAGUCCGACUGGGCAUUUCGGCUGCCUUGUGGCCUCUCCCUGGGCACCAUUGCCGUGGUCGGUCCCUCGUUUGGUCCCUCUGUGCCAAGUGGCACCAUCAGGAUGGUGCCGCUUCCCCUCAGCUGAACGUCUGCUGCAUGAUUGUUAAUGUUAUCCAGAUACAUGUGCAGUUUCCUUAUGUGAAAGUCUCUAUAAUGUGUAACGAAUAGUGAUGACAGUUCUGUAACACAAGGAGAUUUAAAAAAACACAUAUAUUUUUCAGGCACAUAGAAAUCAUGACUUUUUACGUUACUAUUAAAUUCCUGCUGGUAUUUUUUCCUAGUCUCAUUUGACACCAGAGAGAUAGGGGUGGUUGUACCAAACAUCCUGAACCCUCUGUCAGAAAAGCUUUUUAAAGAGAGAUACGUUUGUUAUUUUGCUGUUAGCAGAGCUGCCACACUGCUCUGUUCGGCCCUGUUCUUGCAAUCCUUUGGUACAGUUGGGAGUUACCGAUACCAAGCCACCGAGGGCCAGAGAUCAGAGCCACGUCUCAGCCAAAGGCCUGUGCUUUCCAGCAGCAGCAGAUUUGUAUUUGCCUUUUUAUUGUGAGUCUCCAGGUCACUUUAAAAAAUUGAUGACAAGUCCAUGAACCCUGCACUAAGGAUACCUGGAAGAGGCAUCUCUCUUGCUAAGAGGGACCAUUUUUUACACAUCUGUGUUUCUUAAGGGUAGGGACACAUCCUUUUUUUUCCCCCCUCUGUUCUUUAGUUGCUAGUCCCUUCGUUGGUUGAGAAAGAUAGAUUUCACUCUGCUUUUUAAGUACAGAGGCUCAUAGAUGAAAUAUUUUAAUAAAAUAGAAAAAUAUCCUUAGGCUUAGUUGUUUUUUCUGUUAUGCUUUGGCGAAGGGUCAGGAUACAUCACAGAGCAGGUAUUUAUUACGUGUAUGUCACCUGCAGCGGGCUGGGCCCUUGCACGUGCUCGAGCGUGUUCUUCUGCAGACACGGAGGUAAAAGAUGCGAGACGGUCGGUUUUGGGUCAGGUCUCACAUCCACCGAAGUGUUUGGUUGUGUGCAAUAGACUGGAGGUGGACACUGGGGUAGCUGUUUCACCCAAAAGCCUGUUACAAAAGGCAGCCUAGGGGGAAAGCUGCUAGAAUCUUUGUGAUAACAGAGCUUAAGGAUCUCUUUAUUUUUGUUCUGCUACCUGGCGUAGGCAGAGUCCUUCAAAAAAAAACCUCAGUGUCUUUCCAGCAAUGCUUUUACCAUCGGCGGGCCGUUCUGCAGAUCUUCCUAGGCCAAGGGAAGCAGCUGUGCCCAAUGCGUCGCGGAGGAAGCGCCGAGGGGGCAGCACGGGCUUCUCAGUGAGCACUUUAAAUCCCCUUCACAGGGGCCAGUCACCACGUUGGGUUGCGCUGGUAAAUUAAAGGUAGGAGGCCAAGGUCGCUCGUCCCUUGAGCAAGCACCAACUGUGAGCGUUGGGCAACAGCUUUGAGAACUCCCCUGUGCUCUUUCAGGAUGUUGUAUCAUUGCGGCCAGUUGUGGAAUGAGCUCUUCCAUCUGAGGCACAGAAUCCUAUCAGGAGGUACGUUAGAAAUGUAAUAAGGCAGCUGUUACUUGAAGGAACUGAGAGGAAAGAGAGGAACUGAGAAGUACUGCAUCUUACAUUUUAUUUCUAUCCGGUAAUUUCUUUGCUGCUCCAAAUAGGGUUCGAGGUCUUGAUGUUGAAUCUGUGAGUGUUUUUCAUUUGUGCCUUGGAGACUUUGACACUGCUCUGGUGUUUUUCAUGUGUUUCCUCGACUCUGCUCCACUAAGGUUGGGUGGUACCUUUAGAUUUUAGAGAAGUCAGAAGUUGGAUGCAUGGACUUUGUUGGAGGGCUUGAGGACCUUCAUUCUUGUAGCAGAAAUACAUCUGGAAGCCCCAUGAGAAAUGAAGGGUGGGAGGUUAAACUAGAGUGUGUGCUAUGAGUGUGCAGCAGAAGUAGCAGGAGGAGCAAUUGGACCAUUUAGAAGCAGUUUUUGGUCCCUCUUUUGUACACCAGCUCAGUGGUGCUGCUUUUCAGUCAGAGUCUUGUUCUACAAGCACUCAAAUGAAUGUGCCUGCAGUUCAGCCUAGUGGCUGUUCCCAGUGGUGACACUUGUUCCAGGCGGUGCAGUGACCAGGGUAUCACGUUGUUUUGUGGUUCUCCUGAAACCUCACGCACAGGAGUUGCCCAAAUCUGCUCGGAACUUUUGUUGGGAUUUUGUUCCUUUUGUUUGUUCUGGAGUGGCCAUCACCUCUCAUGAAGGAAGCUGGAGAUCCCAGCUGAGCAAUUGGAAGUGAUGCCUCCUGCCCUCUGCCCUGCGGGUGGGGGGCUCCUGCGUGCCCCAGUUGCCCAACUGGUGGCACUGGCUGCUGUCCGUGGUCCUGCUGGCAAGGCCACAAGUUCCCAAGGGUGCCGGCUCGCCACCCGUGCCAGGCUGUUCCCGGGUAUCCCCGCUCCCUCCACAUGGGCUUUUGCCCCCUUCCAGUGACCCUUCCCUGGCUGUGCGUGGCCUGGCAGGAGGAGAGCGCCCUACCAUGUGGCAUCCCCGCUUCUCGGUGCGUAUCCAGGCGGGCACGGAGUGCCUCACGCUUCGGUAGAGCUGGUUUUGCAGGAAGGAAAGAGCUGCGCUCCAUGGGAGAUCCAGCAGCAGCCUCCACGGGGCACUGCUGGGUUUAGGCUCCGCAGGACCGGAGCGGACAAGGAGGACACAGGGCAGGUUGUGCUCCUUGGAGCCUUCCCUUUCGGUGCCGUUCAGCUUUCGGAAAGGACAGGGUGUUAGCGAGGCUGGAUGUCCCGAUGUGAACCGGGAGCCAUGGAGGCAUCUGUAGAGCA